CAGGCUUUGAGAUCUGGAUUCUACUAUUGAAAAUAAGGGUGAGAAAUAAAUAAACACCCAGAAGAUGGAUCUCAAGGCUUCCUCUUCUCUCCUCUGUCUCGCCAUCUUAUUCGGUGUUUCUUCCAUUGUAUCAGCAGUUAACAUAACCCGAGCACUCGAGAAAUACCCUGAAUUCAGCACCAUGAUCGAGCUUUUCGGCAAGACCGAGCUCACCCCUAUUAUCAACAAACGUCAGACAAUCACCGUGCUAGCUCUCAGCAACGAUGCUAUCGGUUCCAUCUCUGGUAGACCUGAGGAGGAGCUCAAGAACGUUCUUAUGAAUCAUGUAGUUCUUGACUACUUUGAUGAGCUCAAGCUCAAGGCUCUAAAGGACAGGAGCACAUUGCUCACUACCCUUUACCAAUCUACCGGUUUGGGCCAGCAGCAAAACGGUUUCCUCAACUGCACCAAAACUAACGGAAAGAUUUACUUUGGGUCUGGUGUGAAAGGCGCUCCUCAAACCGCUGAAUACAUCACAACCGUGUUCCGCAACCCGUACAAUCUCUCUGUGAUCCAAAUCAGCAUGCCCAUUGUGGCUCCUGGACUCGGAUCUCCGGUUCAGGUUCCUCCACCACCACCCAUGACACCACCACCGUCUCCAUCUCCAAAGAAGGUUGCAGCCACUCCAGCUCCUGGACCAGCUGAGGAGGAGGAUUACGCAGAUUCUCCUCCUGGCGCAGCUCCAGAAACCGCACCUGCAUCAGCCCCAUCAGAAGAUGGUUCUCCUGCUCCGGCUCCAGGGAAUGCUGGUAAGAAGAAAAUGGCAGCAGCUGAUGAAGUUGAACCACCUACUUCUGCUUCUAACACAGCUUUGAGUUUUGGUGCCGUUCUCGUUCUCGGGUUGGUGGCUAGUUUUGCUGGGUUCUAAAAUGGUUUAAGACAGAGCAGAGUCGAGGACAGUUAACUGAAUAUGGGAAUCGACCAUGGUGAUAUGAAGUGGAUCAAUACUUAACAAAUUCUACUCACAUUAAUAAACCUCAAAAUCAUUUAUCAUUAGGGAAUUAAAGUGUGAUGUUCAACAAUGUGAAAUUUGUACUGAGAUAUUGUAACCUAUGUGUGUUUAUCUUCAUUCAUCAAUUCAACGUGUUACAUUCGAACAA